AUGCGGGGCGAGCCGCCCGCCUGGAGCCCCGCGCCGGCACAGGCACAGGCGGCCGCGCUGCUGGAGGAGGCAGCGGAUCUGCUGGUGCUGCACCGGGACUUCGCCGCCGCCGUGGAGAGGUGUGAGGCGGGCUGCGAGAGCCUGGGAGCCGGCCCCGGGCCCGGGCACGGCCCCGAGAGUUCUGCAGAAGUGAAAUGCUCCCUUUGUGUUGUGGGGAUUCAGGCACUGGCUGAGAUGAACCGGUGGAGGGAAGUUCUGUCUUGGGUCCUACAGUAUUACCAUGUCCCUGAACAUCUGCCUCCAAAAGUUCUGGAGCUGUGUAUCCUGUUGUACAGCAAAGUGGGAGAGCCCCAGGUGAUGCUGGAGGUUGGCAGCAGCUGGCUGAGAGACCAAACCAACAAGAGCCUCUCCGAGUACAGUUCCCUGCUGGAGCUCUAUCUGCUGCAAGUGCUGCUGCCGCUCGGCCGGUUUGAGGGCGCAGAAGAGCUUGUCCGUGGUUGUGACGUGCUGGACAGCGAGCAGCAGCUGGCAUUCCUUGGCACCAUUGGCGAGAGCCGGUGUCAGUGGACUCAGCAGGAAGAGAUGCGCUCGGUGGCUGAAGAGCAGCACGACGCAGCCACAGAAAGUGUUUUGGGAGCUCUGUCUCAAAAGCUCUUGACCAUGUUAACAUUGCUACGUAGAGCACUGAGGUCCAUGUCAAGCCACUUCUAUUUACUUCCUUACAAGAAGAUGCUCUUGGCUACUUUUCUGCUGUACCUGGUGGUGGUGAGGUUAGACCCAGCUUCUCCCACAUCACUGCCGUUCAUUUAUAAACUGGUCCAGCUCUUCCGACAGGCUUGGGCAGCUGUACUUUCUCCAAUCCAUAGGCCUCCAAUUCGAGACUAAGUGUCUUCCAUCACUAGAAGUGUCAGCUUGUCUUGAGGAUGUUACCAGGCUCUUCGAGAACUGCUGAAAUCUGAGAUGACCAACUGUGGACUCCUGGGUGGUGAUACCUUAAUUUCUUCAGACAGGGAAUUUGAAACCACAAAUAUUCCUGGCAUUUUUCUUGGCCCUGUCCAACCCAGGGUAAAGCCACUUCUUCCAUUAUCUACAGCUGAAUAAGAAUCCUCCUUUUCAAACCCUUUGUUUUGGAUGUAGCUUGAGGUUUGUGUAGCCAGUUAUGAACUAUGGAAGAAGGUUUCAUCCUUGUGAAUGCUGAGCAGUUCUCUGAACAAGUGAAAUAAUCUUCCUGGAGGCAUGACUGUAAAAGGCAAUGGAGUACCAGUGAUUAGGGGAAUAUUCUGUUUUGCCUGAAGACAUUUGAAAAGCCCAGUUCCUGCAACAUGGGAUUUAGGACAAGCAUGUGAAAGAAAAACACUGGAGAAAGUCGAGCCUAUUGCAUUUUGAAGGCCAUGUUUUCUCUUGUGACUGAUGCCUCUUUACAUAGGCACACUGGAUUUUAGUCAUAUUUAAGCCAGAAAGCCAUGGUGGUGGGACACAAAGACUGUUAGCAUGUGCUGGUAUCUACUCUUCUUAAAUGCAAAUUACAGCACUUUGUGCUUGCCUGAUGCAUAGUCAUUCUUAGAAGCACGUGGUGGUGGUAAGGAAAUAGAUUUAUUUUUUUAAACUAUAUUCUGUGUUAUUGUCUUGUUGAACAACUGAAGUUGUUGCAUUGUUUUACUCUUUCCCUACCUCUUGCUUUGUUUAUGUAGACAUACAGAAAAUCUCUGUAUGUCUAGAAUUGCCCCCCCAGUAUCCAAAGUUAGGUGGGAGCCAUUUAACAAUGCUCUGUCACUCAGAACAAAAGUUUAUUUUUAUAGAAAGAGGUACUUCUCUGAGAUCCCAAGAUCUUCCCUAGAUCAGUGGCAAGAAAAUCAGUCCACCUGCAGAUCUGUCACCAGACCAACUCCAUUUCUGACCACUUGGGGCAGACAUUGGAGGUUUGGGGUAGAACUAUUUUCUCCUCCAUCCAUCCAUCAUGGAUUGACAAAAGGUAAAUUCCAAGGAGAGAGCACUGACCUAAUAAAAUAUUGCUUUCAGCCAAUGUA